GUGGAUCAUCGAGUAGUGGUGAGCGUUGCGCGUUCAGUCGCGGUUCGAGUUGGAGGAUAGUGCAGGUGAUGGUGGAUCAGUGUCCGUGUCUCGCAGUCAGUUUCGGCUAAUCUGUGCCAUGCCAUGUUAUGUGCGCCAAACUGAGGCUCCUCGGGAUCGGCAUGGCGUUAGCCCGCCGCGAAUGUUUACACUCCGCGAUUUUGUUCUUCUUCCUCCUCCUGGGCUUCUUCCUCGAUAGUGCACACGCCAAUUGGCGGACUCUUGGACUAACCGGAAUCAACCCUGCUGGAGCUGCGAUUUAUUUGAGGGAGAAGUGUACCCGACCGAAACAUUUUGGCGAGAAGCUCUCGUCGAUAUGCUCGUAUAACGAUAACAUUCUUCAGGCUGUUGCUAACGGUGCUAAGAUGGGUAUUGAAGAAUGUCAACAUCAGUUCAGUAUGAGCAGGUGGAAUUGCAGCACUUUCGCGAAUACCACAUCGGUAUUUGGCGGUGUAACAGAUAUAAGAAGCAGAGAAACGGCCUACGUGUUCGCGAUCUCGUCGGCCGGCGUGGCCUACUCGGUGACGAAAGCGUGCUCCAAGGGGGAGCUGAACGAGUGCAGUUGCGAUCACAAGGUGCACAAGCGGAAACCGCGGAGGGGCAACUGGCAGUGGGGUGGUUGCUCCGAGGACAUCAAUUUCGGCGAGAAGUUCAGCCGCACAUUCGUCGACUCCGAGGAGAACAGCGAGUCCGCCUUCGGGCUCAUGAAUAUUCAUAACAACGAGGCCGGCAGGAGGAUAAUCAGGUCGCAAAUGAAGAGGAUCUGCAAGUGCCACGGGAUGUCCGGUUCGUGCAAUGUUCGAGUUUGCUGGCGGAAGCUGCCCACGUUCCGGGCGAUCGGCGACGUCCUCAUGCAGCGCUACGAGGGCGCGUCCUACGUCCGGGUCGUCGAGAGGAGGCAGAAGGACGAGGAAAAGCGGAAGAAGAGAGGCAAGAAACUCAGGGCCGCCAACCCCAUCUUCAAGCAGCCCAACCGCACUGAGUUGGUGUUCCUGGACCCAUCGCCCGACUAUUGCGAGAGGAACGAAACAUUGGGCAUACUAGGAACUCAUGGGCGCCAGUGCGUCCAAGGAAGUCCGCGAGUGGAUGGCUGCAGCAUUUUAUGCUGUGGCCGUGGUUACCAAACAAAAAUUCGGGAAGUUGAGGAGAAUUGCAAUUGUAAAUUUUUCUGGUGUUGUAAAGUAAAAUGUGAAACAUGCCACUCCAAGAAGGAGGAGCAUUUUUGUAAUUGAUUCAAUGUUUCAUGUUAAUCAGACUACUGUACUAUAUCUACUCAAUAGAUUAAUGCAUGAUAAUUGUUUUGUAGCAGUUAAAAGACUCCAUUCGUGCUUAUGCGUUUAAAAGGUUACCUGCUUUUUUAGAUCACUGCAUGGUCAAUAAUUGUGAUUUUUUUUUUUUAUUAGGAAUUUAGAAGAAAUAUUCCUAUCCUUUGAAACACCUAUUCAUAUAUGUGCCAAAUAUAGCGUAACUAGACUGAAGACAUUUUUAACAAAGACGAUUCUGAUUACUUGUCCCUUUAUUGGAGAGAAAAAUUACGGCACUUUUUAAUGAAGUGCAAAAACACUCACCCAGGUGAGGAAGUCAUUCGAUUGUAAAUUCCGGAGGAAGUUUUUACAUUAUCAACCGAAAAUGCAUGAUGAUUUGGAUAGCAGCCUUAAUUGAAAAUUCCCUGAUUUCCACCUCCAUUUUUGUAGCUUCCUAUCUUUGGUGUCACAAUCUCCAUUAACUUUUACUCAUAGUUUAUUUGUAAGUAAAUUUGCGGCACACUUUCAUUUGAUCUCAAUUUUUCUUUGUUUUCCCCUUCUAUUUUCUCAGCUGAAACUUGUGUGAAAGUUUUACUGACAUUUUAAUUUUUCAAGUUUUACAACAAAUGACCAGAGCAACAAUUCUUCGUCGCUGUCUUUUGUCUCCGCUCCCCUAAUGAAAACUGAUAAAAUCAUUGCGACUAUCUCUUUGUGGAAGCCUACAUAUGAUUUUGAGGCUUAAAGUGCCUUCAAUUCGUCAUGUAGGCAAAUUAACGUACGCUGUAUAUUCUGCACAGUCUAACAAUAAGUCUCACAAUAAUGGAAUGUGAUCCCAGAAUGAGAUAAAAUUGACCAAGUUCAGCCUGCCACUGUCCCUGAUUUCCUUGUAUGUUUUAUUUUUCUAACAGAAAAAUUAACAACACAAUGCUUUGACAAUUUUUGAUGAAUUUUCCCUCGGUUGCACAGGAUAAUCUCACAAAAUUUUAGGUCAAAAUCUUGCUUAUUAGGAGGUGCUCUAGAAGAAAAAUAUGACAUGGCGUAAGAUCGGGCGAAAAAAUGAAGCUAAGAUACUUGCAAAAAAUCAUUUCAGAGGAAAACGGUGGAGAACUUCUGUUGAACUACUAUACAGUCAUGUUCAGACACGGCAAAUGUUGUGAAAGUUGAAAUUCCACAUUCUCAGACUCGAAUGUGCUGAUUUUAAAAGACUGUAAUACCUCCAAUUUCUUGAAACAAGCAAACCUACUUGACAGUGAGAAUGGGGACAAAACGGUAGCGGCAGAUGGUUUUACUUGAUCAUUGAAAAUUUUCUGACAGGUAUUUUAAAAGCAUGAAUUAAUUAGCCAAAUAAACUUGACUUUACUUAGAGCUAAUAGAGAUAGUAAGCUUGUUUUCUUUUAUUUAAGUGAUCAAAUUCAUCACCGAAAGGUGAAAAAACGAAUCGAGCAAAAUUUAAUUUUUCUUUCUUCUUCUUUUUUCUGAGAUUUAUUUCUUUAUUCCCGGUAGAAAAAUGUAGAUAUUUCAUUGUAAAGCUUAAAAUACAAUACCUACCUACUUUGUAUAGAUUUUUUCUAUCGUUGAUCUUCAUGUUCACAUAUAGUCCUACAAUUAGUACCUAAGAUUGUGCAACUUAAUUUCAGUAUUUUUAGUGGUCACUCAUUUUCACAUUCGCAGAGGAGAUGAGUACCGGCAUCAUCUUCAAAGGGGUAGUUGUUCACUAUCAACUGCUCAAUAUUCAAUGAAUGAAUCUUUAGGUGGUACGGCUUAUUUUAUGUCAUUAGUAGUCUCAACACUUAACUGCAUGCCUACAUACUCUAUAAUAAUUGUCAUCCAGCUCCUAUUAACUCAUAAAUUUUAAAAAGUCAAAAUAUCAGGAAUUGUGUGAAAUAUCAAAUUCUCAACUUACCGUAAGUUUUUUAAAGUUACAAUAGGUAUCUCAUUACUUAAAACUUCAGGGAUCAGAGUGCAGAUACUGAAGAGAUAAAGGCCAAGAAGUUAAACAUUAAAAUGUUAGUCCUGGAUUUACAAGAGUUUCCACUUUGCUAUUGAAGCGCUAAGUGCAAGAAGAGGACUUCUCAGCUGCAGUGUUUUAGAACAUCAGUCGCUAAUUUAUGUCUCAAAGAAGAACAUAAGAGGUGAUUCUUUGGCAGCUUUUUCUGUAGAAAAUCGUAGGGACAUCAAGAAUAUGUUAUAAAUAUUUCAAUCAAAUAAAUGCAUUCACUUUCCUUACAAUGAAUGUAAUAUUUGCUGGAAUUCUGAAACACUGCAUCUGAAAAGUGUCCUUCUUGUAUGCAGUGACUCAAUGGAGCCUGUUUUCUUAGGAGAGCUCUUCACAACAAAAAUCUCUUUCUAUUUUCUAAAAUUAUAGGCAGAAAUUAAAUGGAGACGCUCAGUGAAUAAGUGCUUUGGUAAACUGAAUUGAGUGAAUUCCAGUUACAGAAUCUAGUCAGUCCAUAAAUUUUUAUCAGAUAAUGGACACUGUUUAUUUACCCUCCUUCAAAAAAUAGGCUUUACUUUUUCUAGUAUCACUAAUGUAAUUUGCAAUUUUCUGCCUCUGAAUAAAAUCUCACAAUAAAACUUGAAAAGAAAUUAAUGAUCGUAAGAAUGAGUAAAACAGUUAUACCUACUACAAUGCUGGAGUUAAAAAAAAAACAUAUAAUCUUGUUCCAUGCAAUUCUUGACACUUAAUUACACUUUUUCCUGUCUUCGUUUGGUUUUUUCAAGUCAAGAAUUUAAGUUACUAGUUGAAAUUCUUACAGUUCUGCACACUUUUAUGAUCAUUGCUCAAUGAAAAAUAAGAACAUAGAAAUAUCUUUCAAUUUUGAUUGGCAAACGGAAAAUAUACUGUGAUCUUUUGAGCUUGCUGGUAAAUAACUUCGAAAAAGAGAUAACUUAAAAAAUACCUACACAACAGAACCAGAUUUUAAAAAUACUAAUAGUUCAAAUCAACACUGCCAUGUAAACGUUCUGAUUCAGUACCGAAUAAUUUACAAUGUUGGUUUGUUUUCAAUAUGUUUUGAUACUCGACUAAUUUUUCUUCUAUGCCAACUGCUCUUUUCGCCAACCGACAUUUUUAACUCUAGCAUUAUCAAUAUUUUAUCAAUCCAUAUUAAAAUUCUCCCUGCUAGAGUGAAAAUUGAAAAAGCCUCACUACAAUAUGUACGUUUAUUCUUUUAUCAACAAUCUUGGAUGGCAGAAUUAUUUUGUAAAAAUUUUCAUCAGAUUAAUGGUGCAAGAAUGUUGAAGAGUUCAAAGGCCAUGCGCUACAAUACAAAAAAACUCUACACUUGUGAGUUCCAAAUCUUCUUUUUGUCACUACCACAAAGAGAUAAAAAUCUUUGAAAAAACUGAUACCUAACGC